AUGCCUCCAACAAGGGAGCGCCGCCAUCGACGACUCCAACCGCAACCGGAGUACGACUUUCGCCGGCAGUCUCACCUACAUAGCCCGAACACAGGAUCUGAUCAGCCUACACACCAAACCACUAUCCCUGCCUUCACGGCCAACCGCACCUCCCCGACGAGCUCGACAUGCUUCCAACCUUGCAUCCGCAUCCCCCACUGGACGGAGGAUGCAACCUCUAGCGGCGCCAUUCGUCUGCCAUCGGAGGCUGCAACCAAGCACAACGCCAUUCGUCUCCUCGAGGAUGCAACGCCUGCCGGCCAUUCAUCUCCGACGAAGGAUGCAACAACCGCAGCAAGGCCAUUCCUCUUCCUCCAGCCACCACCAGCUCGUCCUCCUACCCGAAGCAGCGUCGAGCUCACCGAACCACCAAACAGGAGGAUGCAACACCAGGCGAGCCACCCCGCCCGAUCUGCACCGGGGAAACCCAACGCAGGCCCGUCCAGAUCGGGAUCGGCCCUAGCUCUCCACGCCCAGGAGCUUGGCGCUCCCGCAACGUCCGUGCACUCCGCCGCGCUCCCCUGGCGCGCAGACCCGCGCCCAGUCGACAGCCCUGCCCGCCGCCGCGACCGCGACACACCAGAUCUGCGGGCGCCCGCGCAGCACCGGCCGACGCGGAACGACAGCUCUCAGUCCGAGCGCGAGCCGCCAGGCCUCCAGCGCACCAGGUCGCGCUGCCCAGCCUCCAGCGCGAGCAGCCUCGCCUCGGUCGCGCCCGACCUCGCCGUGCACCCACGCCGCCGAGCUCAUCCCCACGCCGCCGAGCUCAUCCUCAUCCCAAGACUCGGGUUCGAUCAUGUCGUCUUCAACACCCACGCCGCCGCUGUCCAUCAUCACCACCGCCCCGAUGACCACUGCCGGGUCCCAACGUCGCCGGCCCCGAUCACCUCCGCGCCGCCGGCCCCCGUCACUUCCUCCCCACCGACAACCUCCGUCUUCACGCCGGAGGAGAUGACCAGCACCCUGCGGGACCUCGUGACGACCGUCCAGGGCAUCUCCCUGUACUUGGCCGGCCCGCACACCCCCCCGCCGGCUACGCCCCCCGCCUACAGCCACCCGGCGACGCACUGGCCGAUCUAG